UCGAGUGAGAGGAGCUCGUACUGUUGCGCGUAGCUGAUGUUUGAUAAAUUUCGAUCUCAGCUGCGUUUAAUACAAAAAAAUGAUAAACAAAAUUAUGUUUUGCAUAUUCAGGUAAAGGCAUUUUAUGUUUUGUUUAUUUUUGAGUCAUUACAUCGCGUCAUUAGAACGGUGCUUUUGUAACAAAAAAGGACAUUAGAAUGAUCGUUAACAAUAGAAGUGAAAUAAAAUAGCUUUCUUUAUUGUGGUCAAAUAUUCAUGAGUGUUAAUAAGUGCUACAAGCAUGGACGUGGAAGAGACCGGAUCGAUUAACAAUGAUCCCGUAGACGCGAUUGAGAACGAAAAUGAAGAAGAAAUUAUUGAUGACUCAGAGGAGCGCGAGCUGGUGACAGACUCUUGCUCGACAAAGGUGCUGGACACCUCGGAGCAGCCUCGCGACAACUAUUGGGUUGUUUAUUUACUUUUUUAUUUAUUUGGCAUUACAUCUCUUGUGUCAUGGAAUUUUCUGAUUACUGCAAAUGACUAUUGGAUGUAUAAAUUCCGAGAUGUGUCUCCAGUUAAUUCCACCCAGUUGGAAUUACCACCAGUGCGGAAAACUCAGUUUCAAGCUGAAUUUACUUCCUACCUCAAUGUGGCAGCUUCUGUACCAAAUUUAAUAUUCCUUAUAUUAAACUCACUUUAUGGGCAUUUAGUAUCUGUCAAGAGCAGACUACAAGGAUCACUCUUAAUGAUCACGCUGUCAUUCCUGGUGACCACCGCUUUUGUUCAGAUUGACACUGAUGAAUGGCAGAACACAUUCUUUAUUGUCACUAUGGUGACUGUAGUUAUCAUGAGCGCUGCCAGUGCCAUAUUCAUCGGCGGACUUGUGGGCAUCGCGAGCCGCUUCUCAAAAGAGUACAUGGCAGCCGUGGUAAGCGGCCAGUCCCUCGGCGGGAUCAUUGCUGCUAUCGCCCAAAUCAUAUCCCUCGCGUUCAAAAUAUCCCCCUUGCACAGUGCCCUCAUAUACUUCAUCAUAGCUGACAUAAUGCUGGUUGCAUCUUUAAUCUCCUACAUAAUGUUGUACAAGAUUGACUUCUUUACACACCACAUUUUGAGGGGCUCUGGUAUGGUUGCUAACAGGCACAGAGAAGUGUCCAUGGUAGCUGUCAUGAAGAAAAUCUGGGUUUACGCGUUUAGCAUUUUUGCGAUUUUCGCGAUCAGCAUGGCCGUGUAUCCUGCUGUCACUGUGUUGGUUGAGUCACAUCCUACGACUCAAGGAACUGAUUGGAACAAGAUAUACUUCGUGCCCGUAGUAAAUUAUCUAAUAUUUAAUUGUGGAGAUUAUUCCGGGCGUUUGGUAGCUGGAUUUCUACUUCAACCUCUGAACCAAUGGAUAAUAGGAGCCGCUAGUCUAUUGCGUAUUAUCGGAGUCCCAAUGCUGAUGCUAUGCAACGCGCAGCCGCGACCGCACCAUCUGCCGGUCAUCUUCGAGUGGGACUACGAGUACAUCAUGAUCAUGAUCGUGUUCGCUUUCAGCAACGGCUAUCUCACAAACAUUGUUAUGAUCAAUUCUACCAGAGUGGUAGAGCUGCACGAGCGAGAGAAGGCGACGUCAGUGAUAGCCACGAUGCUGAGCAUCGGGCUGACGGUGGGAGCUGCCGUCGGAAUGCUAUUGGUUCACUUAUUAUAAACACCGAUAUAAUAUUAUAUCACCACGCGCCUCACAAUGCGGAUGCCUGAGGUACCUCAAGGCCUUUGCACGGCCUCUCAAUCAAACCUUAAGGGAAAAGAUUUAUUAAAAUUAAUGGGGCAAAAGCAACUUAGUAAAUAUUGUGGAGGGGUUAAAAAAAGUAGAAACUGCUCGAUCGCCGAAGGAACAUUUUAGCAAAAAUAUGCUCCUUGUAUUUAGGAAACACCAAUAGAUAACACAUCAGCUGUCUUGCGAUAAUCCAGUAGUUGUAAAGCUGGAAGUUAAAAAACAAAAAAAAAAUGUGGAAGUAAGCGCAUAGCAUUAUGGUUUACUGAUAUAAGACAGCCAAAUUGCAUGUAGCUGGAGUUUAGUUUACCAAGGAAUUAUGAGCGACGUAUGAAUAAGAUAAUAUUUGGCCAGACAGUUACAAAAAUUACUCAUGAAUAGAUCCCACGAUGGAAAUAAACUGACAAAGUCGACCUGAAUAUGCUUGCCUUUAAUCGUAUGCUUAAAAUGUACUUUAGCAUUGUCCAAAUAUAAAUUGUUACCAAAUUAAAAUACUCGCAUUUUGUAUUGUUAAUUUGAAUGUCAGCAUAUUUACGUGUUAUUUGCUGUUAAUUUGUAUCUGGUAUUAUACAUCAGUAGAAUAGUAUGUACUUAGAGCUAUACAUACUUAAUUACUUAUUUAGAAAAUUCAAUUUAAAAUUUGUGACUUUUUAAUGUCUCAAUUGACUUUUACAUAUUUAUUUUAAGCGUAGUUUUCAAUAUAUUUUACUAAUUGACAUUAUAGAUUUUUAAAUAUUUGAUUGUUACCUACACGGCUAGCACAUAUUGCCGUGGCUCGCGCGAUAAGAAAGGAUCGGCGCGACUGAUUGAUAUAUAAAGUCGCGCGAUUCUCGGCAAGAUGUGCUAGUCGUGCUGCUUAUAGAAUAUCUUGUACGUAUAACAAAAGUUAAUCCGCAUUCCUUUCGUAUGAUUUCACUGCCGUUAUUACUUAUUUGAUGCUCAAUUUAAACAUUCCUGCAAUGUUCUAAUUUUAUUCACUUUAAAUAUUUGUUUGUACCAAAGUGAUGGUACCUAUUUCUUGUUUUAACCAAUGAAAAGCUUUUUAUCAAUUAAAAUUAUUUUAAGCUCAGAUAAAGGUGUAAUAGAUCUCAUAUAGAAUAGGUAUUCAAUUUUAACUACGACUUUGUGUAAUUUGUAAAAAUGUAGAUAAUUUAAUAGUAAUAGACUGCACAGGCGUAAUUAUGAUAAUAGAUGUUUUUGGACAUUCAUAUUGUUUAAUUAUUGAAUUGUGUUUGUACCUGAUGUUAGGUAUUAUAUCUUUUAAAUAUAUGUACCUAUAAUAACUAAUCACUCAUUAUCUAAAUAGGUGCUGCAAGGUUAGAUGUUUCUACUUGUUAUGUAUCUGAUCUGUACAGUGGAACCUCGAUAACACGAAUCUUUAGGGAAACUACAAAAACACGUAUUUGCUGAGAUUUGAGGCUUGAAGGGAAGGGAAUGGCAUUAUAUUGCGUGUUUUGUCUUAUCGAGGUUAAAUUCAUACAUUUAUGUAAUGAGAUGACAUAAUAAUUUAUCAAUGUUAAGUAAAUAGGUACCUAAAUGACUUUUCAAUGUUUUUUCGCUUUUAGCUUUUAUUGCGUUAACUAUACCAUGAUCGCCUUUAUGUUUAAUGUUAUUAACUAUUGUAAUAG